UUCUUCAUUUUCUACACAUUCAAAAUUCAACGGCUCUCGUCGUAGCUGAAAAGCAAAAGGAAAAAGAAAAAGAAGCCUUUUUUUUUUUUUUAUAAUUUGUACAGAAAUGGCAAUGAAUAUAACAUUUCAGAUCGGAGCUCUAGCUGGAACACCAAUCCAAGCAGAAUCAAUAACGAGCGCAAGCACCGGCAGUGACUCCAGCGCAGCGGCGGCGUGGAAAACUCCAAUCCCAAGCAUCCGAUGCAAAAUCAUAAAACCGGAAACGGUAGAGCAAAAAUCACAACCAACAAGCCCUUGCAGGUCUCCAAUACUAAGCGGAAGUAACGGCAUCCGUCCAGAUCUAUCAGUGGCAUGCCGAGCAUUCGCGACAGAAACAUUGGAAUUUAUGACAUUGGAUGAGAGUAAGGCAGCAGAAGAAGAGAAGAUGUAUAAAGAGGGGAAGACAGAGAAGGAGAAGGGAGUGCCAGUUUAUGUGAUGAUGCCAUUGGAUAGUGUGACGAUGGGGAACACGUUGAAUAGAAAGAAAGCAAUGAAUGCUAGUUUGCAGGCGUUGAAGAGUGCAGGUGUGGAAGGGUUGAUGGUGGAUGUUUGGUGGGGAUUAGUGGAGAGAGAUGCGCCGGGUGUGUAUAAUUGGGGAGGGUAUACCGAGCUGUUAGAAAUGGCUAAACGACAUGGUCUCAAGGUUCAAGCUGUUAUGUCGUUUCAUCAGUGUGGUGGCAACGUUGGAGAUUCUUGCACGAUUCCAUUACCCAAAUGGGCCGUGGAGGAGAUUGAUAAAGAUCAAGACCUAGCAUACACUGAUCAGUGGGGAAGGAGGAAUUAUGAGUAUAUAUCACUUGGAUGCGAUACCCUUCCAGCUCUCAAGGGGAGGACACCUGUGCAAUGUUACUCUGAUUUUAUGCGGGCCUUUAGAGACAACUUCAAACACCUUCUUGGUGACACCAUUGUUGAAAUCCAAGUGGGAAUGGGUCCUGCAGGUGAGCUCCGCUAUCCUUCAUACCCGGAGCAGAAUGGAACCUGGAGAUUUCCAGGAAUCGGAGCUUUCCAAUGUUAUGACAAGUAUAUGUUGAGUAGCUUGAAAGCAGCAGCUGAAGCUGCUGGUAAGCCAGAAUGGGGUAGUACAGGCCCUACUGAUGCUGGUGAGUACAACAACUGGCCGGAAGACACCCAGUUUUUCAGAAAAGAAGGUGGUGGCUGGACCAGUCCCUACGGUGAAUUCUUCCUCACUUGGUACUCUCAGAUGCUCCUGGACCAUGGUGAGAGAAUAUUGUCAUCAGCAAAGGCAACCUUUGAGAAUAUUGGUGUAAAGAUCUCAGUGAAGAUCGCAGGAAUUCAUUGGCACUAUGGAACCCGGUCUCAUGCCCCAGAACUCACGGCAGGAUAUUAUAACACAAGAUUCAGAGAUGGUUACCUUCCUAUUGCUCGAAUGUUAGCUCGGCAUGGUGCUAUAUUCAAUUUCACUUGCAUAGAAAUGCGUGACCAUGAACAGCCACAGGAUGCCCUUUGUGCCCCUGAGAAGCUUGUGAGGCAAGUGGCACUAGCAACUCGGGAAGCAGGUAUUCCACUUGCCGGGGAAAAUGCACUGCCAAGAUAUGAUGAGUACGCACACGAGCAAAUUUUGCAAGCAUCAUCAUUGAAUAUCGAUGAAAGUUCAGAUGAUAAGGAGAUGUGUGCGUUUACGUACUUGAGAAUGAACCCUCACUUAUUCCAGCCAGAUAACUGGAGACGCUUUGUGGCAUUUGUGAAGAAGAUGAAGGAAGGGAAGAGUACUGACCGGUGCUGGGAGGAGGUUGAGAGGGAAGCUGAGCAUUUUGUGCAUGUAAGUCAACCUUUAGUACAGGAGGCUGCUGUGGCUCUCAUGCACUAGAUUCGAUUCGGCGGACUUCUUGUAACAAACCAAAACAGCAGCCCAAGUCCCCCUGCUUUAGCCAUGGCUGCUUUUCAUAAGCUAUGGCUAUAGAAGUGCUCUUAGCACCAAAGUAGUUGAGAAAGGGCUGUGAAAUGUGCCCCUAUUGUUCUUAUAAUGUAGGAACUCUCUGGAAACGCUUAAUGUUCAAUGCAAAGAAUUUGUACUUUUUCCUAAACAAAAAAAUAACAUCACAUAUGUACCA